AUGGUCUUUGUCUCAUCUUGGAGAGCACGGAUCAAGUCCCAGUCUCCAUUUGCAGCAGAGCAGAACAAGAGCGCGUCCGUCUCGGCCCUCCUCGUGCUGGCUGGCACCAGCGGUUACAAAGGCACGCAGCGGCGGCCGGCCCUGCACCCGGCGGGCGAGGAAGGGCGAGCGGCAGGAGAGCUAUCCGUGCAGCCGCUCUUCCCCAAGCUCGGCCAUGCCCAGCGUCCUCGAAGACGGAUACUGCGGAAGAGGGAGCCUGGAGAGAGAUCACGGAGGCCGUCAUUAGCCAGGUGGUUUUGCGAGUCCAUUAAUGCCUUUGGCGACAAGGAGCCUCUUCCUACAAAGCCGCCCCAGGAAUCCGUCUCGCCCACGGUUCGGAAGGACCAGGGCUGGGUGAGGGCAGGCCUGCCCCUUGUGAGGGAGCCGGAGGGCCGGUGGAGAACUCCCCGCUGCCUCCGCUCCACCUUCUCUCCUCGGCUCGCUCUCCCGCAGCAAAGCGUGAAAAUCAUUCCCAGUGUAAGCAGAGAAACUGUAGAAGGCCUUCGAGAGAGUGAUUAUCUUCUGAUUCAUUCAUGUCGGCAGUGGACAACAAUUACAGCUCACAGUCUGGAGGAGGGUCACUACGUCAUAGGGCCAAAGAUAGAAAUCCCUGUACAUUAUGCAGGGCAGUUUAAGCUGCUGGAACAAGACCGAGAUAUUAAGGAGCCAGUGCAGUAUUUUAACAGUGUGGAGGAGGUGGCUAAAGCAUUUCCUGAACGAGUUUACGUCAUGGAGGAAAUAACAUUCAACGUUAAGGUGGCUUCAGGUGAAUGCAAUGAAGACACCGAGGUUUACAACAUUACCCUUAGUACUGGGGAUGAGCUCACUUUAAUGGGGCAAGCAGAAAUUCUUUAUGCAAAAUCUUCUAAGGAGAAGUCACGACUCAACACCAUCUUCAAAAAAAUCGGGAAACUUAAUUCAAUUAGUAAGCUAGGUAGAGGCAAAAUGCCCUGCCUCAUCUGCAUGAACCACAGGACCAACGAAAGCAUCAGCCUCCCUUUCCAGUGUAAGGGCAAGUUUAGCACCCGCAGCCCGCUGGAGGUGCAGAUGCAAGAAGGUGAGCACACGAUUCGCAAUAUAGUAGAAAAAACCAGGCUGCCCGUUAACGUGACUGUGCCGAGUCCUACACCAAGAAACCCUUACGACCUGCAUUUUAUCCGUGAAGGGCACAGGUACAAGUUUGUCAACAUUCAAACCAAGACUGUGGUGGUUUGUUGUGUGCUUCGUGGCAACAAAAUUAUUCCCAUGCAUUUUCCCUUGCACUUAACGCUUCCGAAAUUUACUCUACCUGACAGUCUGGUGAAGGGGGAGCUGUGGCACGAGUCCCUCAUCCAGCAUUGGUUUAAUAUAUGCCAGGAACAGUUUGACAUAGAUGAGUAUUCCCGUGCCGUGCGAGAUGUGAAAACUGACUGGAACGAAGACUGCAAGAGCCCAAAGAAGAGCCGAUGCGCGGGGCACAGCCACAUGCCGAACUCCCUCAGCUACGCGCGGGACGAGCUUACGCAGUCCUUCCACCGGCUUUCGGUGUGCGUCUAUGGAAACAACUUGCAUGGGAAUAGUGAAGUGAACCUCCACGGCUGCAGGGACUUGUGUAACGAGUGGGCCCUGUUCUCUCACGAUGCUCUUCAGUACCAGGAGUCUGGUGACAGUAGCAGUGAUUACCUUUUUCCUGAAGUUAGUGAAGAAUCGAUGUUUCUACCUACAAAACCAGAACUUCCUUACGAAGAGCUGUGGUUGGACCAAGGGUCUGGAAAGGCUGGCGACCAGCCUCUCACUCGCUCACUAAGUGAGAAGAACAAAUGUGACAACUACAGAGGGUCUUUCCGAUCAAAGUGUGGUACCGCAUCUCUUCCUGUGCCUGCGACUGUCGGAGCAACCACAAAGUCUUCAGAUGUUUCCCUACCUCCACCUCCAGUGCCUCCCAAAUCAGAAGCAGUAAAAGAGGAAUGCAGGCUCCUGAAUGCUCCCCCUGUCCCACCACGGAGCUCAAAGCCGUCGUCCACCAGCCCUUCCAUCCCUCCUCGUACAGUCAAACCUGCACGACAGCAGACCCGCUCUCCUAGUCCUACACUGUCCUACUACUCUUCAGGACUGCACAACAUCAAUGUCACAGAGAGCGACAACACCAACCCAACUGAGAGCACACCUGUUUCCUGCUACCCUUGUAACAUGAUGAAAACCGAAUCCAAAGAGCCUGAGAGCACGAUGCCUUUGGGAAGCCCCUCAACUGAAGCUCUGCCUUCGAGGUUAUCUUGGCCAAACCAUUUUUCAGGAACUGCUGAAAGCCUGAAUAGGAGUGAUUUCCUGCUCGAUCCAAGCAGGAGCUACAGUUACCCCAGACAGAAGACUCCAGGUACGCCAAAGAGAAACUGUCCAGCACCUUUGACUUUUGACUUCGAUGGGUGUGAGCUCCCAGUGGGGUGCUCCCCGCUGACCCCAGCAGAGUUCACAAACACCAUCUCUAGCUGUCCAAAGUCGGCAAGUUACUCUCUAGACUGCACUGAUGAGAAAACUCUGGGAGUCAGCAACGCAAAGCAGAGCCAUUCGUGUCCUGCCUUACCUCCUCGGGCACCAAAGUCAAGUGAAGAGAAAACAGUCACAGACACGUGUCCCUUGCCACUGAAAAUAGAUGGUGCUGAGGAGGAGUCGAAAACUGGUUCUCCAGACCUCUUGGAAGAUCAGUAUCUUGUUAAAAAGGGCAUGCAGGAUACGUUCUCUUUGUCUUAUCCCUUCUCGUCUCCCCUCCACCUCCAGUUAGCACCAAGAUCUUGUGGGGAUGGCUCUCCCUGGCAGCCACCCACAGACCUUUCUGGACUUUCCAUAGAGGAAGUAUCUAAAUCGCUGAGGUUUAUUGGUCUGUCAGAAGAUGUCAUAUCGUUUUUUGUUACAGAGAAGAUUGAUGGCAAUUUAUUGGUUCAGCUUACGGAAGAAAUCCUGUCAGAAGACUUUAAGCUAAGCAAAUUGCAGGUUAAGAAAAUACUACAGUUCAUUAAUGGCUGGCGGCCCAAGAUGUGAUGCCGACUAGUUAUUAGUGAAACUGUAUGAGAUGUGCUCAAUGCACUUCAGCUAAUACAUCACUUCCUGUUUUUUGCACUAAAAGCCCUUCCUGUAAAUAGUAGUAGAAAAAUUCUUACUAUGCAGAUAAACGUUUUUGAGUGGUGAACAGAUUUUUUUUUUAUGUCAAUAAUAAAACAGAGAAUCUGCAGAGGCGUGCCUUGUGCAUCCCUGAACGUUCAAC